UGUCGGGGGUCAAAGUAAUGUUUCGUCUCACUUUCGUCUUUCAGCUAAACUACCCUUCAGCCUUCACUGAGUUCACUCUUCAGCCGACGCCCGAGUCCCCGACAGCACAGCCACAAACGCACAAAGCUCGGAAGCCCACUACAUCGUUUCUCUCCGAUCUCUUCACCUCCCUUCGUCGGUGUCAUCGAACCCAGUCGUCAUUCUGCCUCUGCCUCAGCCCACCGUGCUGUCAACGCCAAAUGUAUGGGCGAAAAGCAUGCCAACUGGUGAAAGAACUUGCAAGCGCUGAAAAGGGGCAGCUCACGCCUUGCAAUAGCGACCUGUUCGAUCAAGUGGUUGCAGAAUGUAGUCAACAUCACCUUGAGCUUCAGUCCUUGAUAAGAAAAAUCCAGGAAGAAGGAUUGGAUGUCCAAACAACUAGAAAUCCAGACCACUUUGGAGCUCUAAUCCACCACCUUUCUUUAGUUCGCAAUAAGCGAUGUCUAGUGGCAUACGUGUACAACAGAGCAGAAAUUGUACGAAGUUUGAUAUGGAAGGUAGGGCCUGUGCUUCCUCAAGAAAUUCAAGAGAAACUCAGUCACACAGAGGAAGAUUAUUUUAAGAAACAUUCUACAGCUUUGCAAGCAUACAUGUCAAGACUUGACCUUGAUUUGACUGUGGAUAUGGUGCCACCCAAAGAUCCCUACAUUCAGGUGAGAGUCCUUGAUGAGGUUGGUGUGGUACUCAGUGACGAUAAGACAACCAAUUUUGCUCGUCACUCAAUGCACUUCCUCAAACGAACUGAUGCUGAGCAAUUCAUCUCACGGGGUUUGAUGGAGGAGCUCAAAGGCUGACUUAACAACCUUAUUUUCUAUGUAGUCUUUUUCUUUAUAAAUAAAUUAGAAAUGUAGAUAAGAGAUUGAUUGUGUUUAAGCAUUGGUUAACUAUAUGAAUGUGCCCCUUUUAUUUUAA